AUGUCAAUGAAACUUGAUGAACAUCAAAAUGAGGAUCAAGAUCGAUCAAAAAUACAUUUUGGUCACAAAACUCGUUUCGUUAUUCUGAUUUUGGGGUGAGUUUUUUAAUAUUUUUGUUUGGAAAAAGGCUUCGCUGAGAUUUUUAAAGGUCUCACGGCAUUCCUAAUGGGGUGAGGAAAGGUGAGCGAGGCGUCGAAGCUUCUGAAUUUACAAAAAAAAGUAAGUGCGCGCUUCGGAUAAAAGGACUGUGACGUCACAGCUACCUAUCGUUGCAAAUUAAACUGAGUAUUCAACGGCAUGAAAAAUACAUUUGGCUGCGUACUUGAGAUUUCAAAUUUCGCGCCAAAUUUUUUUUGACGUCUCCCACUCCGUUUGAGAACGCCGUGUGUCUUACAUGACUUUGAAAUCGGCUCUUCUCCUUGAGACCUUUAUAAAACUUUUCCAUGCACCUUUAAGCGUCACAGCAAGGAUUUCUGAGUAUUUUCAAGUGAUUACUGUAGAUUUCAAUGGUUACAGUAUGCUCUGUUUAACUACGAUAAAUGGAAACGCGAUGACGAUGAAUUUCACUGUGAUUUGCAUGCAGGAUGUUGUCAUCGACCAAAAAGGAAAUUCAUCGGGUUUGUUCGAAUUUUUUAAGUUUUCAAAAAAUCAUUGACGUCCUUAGUCCGUUUUUCGCGACUUGAAAGGCUUCUCUGCGCCCUCCUUAUCUCUCGACGUCUUUCUCAUGUUUACGUACUAUUUCCAUGUUUUUCUGACCUUGCCGGUAAGGGAAAAGAGACGCAGACACGCGAAAACAGUUAAGUCGCGAAGGACGGACUAUGAAAAAAAGGGGGCGGGGGGAAUCUAUCUUGAUAACUUUGGAAGAACAGUGUUUAUCGAAAAAGACCUGGUAAAUCUGAAGCGCUCAAAUUUUAAAUCGUUCUCCCUUUUCAGAGCCCCACUGGCUGGAGAGCACCCAGGACGUCUCCUUGCUAUUCUCAGCCUUGGCUGUGGGCCAACUUCUUGGAACGAUCCCAUCAGUUCAUCUUUUUUCCAACGCCGGAGUCCGUCUCACUCUGACAAUCUAUGGCGCCUUCUCAGCGAUUGGAACAAUUUUAGUUCCGAUUGCAGUUUCGAUAGGCUUUCCGGCGGUUAUAUUCGUCAGGGUGAUGCAGGUGGGAAGGAAGAGAGGUUUACUUAUGAAAAUUUUUAAAGUGAAAGGAGAAUUUCCAAUUUCACAAUCAUACAAGGGCAAGUGACGGACUUGGUCAGCCGGGGGUGGGGGUUGCGGAACGCACGCAAUACCAUGGAGGGGGUCCGGAAAUAGCAAAAAGUGUGCCAAUGGGGGAAAAAAUGUUUUUGUUCUUGUUUUUUUGUUUGAAUAUUCCAUUGUUAUAAAAAAACGAAGAAAAAAAUUGGAAGAAAAAAAUAAUACUCGCAAAAAAAUAAGGGGGUUCCGGCAGCCUGCUCAGGAAAAAUAAGGUUGGCGGACGUUUUUGAGGGGUUGCCCACGUAUGCUUACAAGAUGGUGCCAACUUAACAUGUAGUUCAAAUUUUCAUCACAAGAAGUCCUUGAAAAAUGCUCAGGUCAUUCCCAUAUAAUUUCUCACAAAACCCUGACUCACUUACUUUUUUUUAAUGUCAGGGCAUCGGGAGCAGUAUCAUAUUUACGGCCCUCGGUGCGAUUUCGGACCGAUGGGCUCCGAAAAGCGAGAUGAGCACCUACGUGGCCGUGCUCUCGUGCGGCCUUCAAUUGAGCUUCAUCGUCGUAAACCCUUUGGCCGGUCUAAUGUGCGGGUCGACUCUUGGCUGGCGAGCUCUUUACUACGUUCUUGGCGUUUUUUCGAUCACCAUUUUUGUCAUCUUCUUCUUUUUCUACUCCGACUGUCCCAGUAAUCAUAGGUGAGAUCCGGAUCGCUUUGAAACUUCGUAGGUUUUUAGGAAUGUGAGCAGUUUGGAGCUGAAAAAAAUUGGGGAAGGCAAAGCGCCAAAGUCAACGGCUGGGGUGCCUUAUAAAGCCAUGGUCAAGGACAGAGUUAUUGUUGGGAUUUGGUUAUCCGUGAGUUCAUUUUCUGGGUGUUAAUGAAUUCGCAAGUUAGGGUAAUGACCAAGGAUGAAACCCUUCUUAGCCUGGUGUGUAACGUUACGCUAUUUGGAAAAAUAUCGUGAGUGAUGUCAUUUAAUUGUAACAUCAAUUUGUAAAUGACGUCAUUUGAGGAAGAUUUCGGGGUAAGAUGCAAAAAAUGACGUCAUUCGGUGCCAAGGAACGCCUUCUUGCUAGAAUUGCACUGACGUCAGUCAAUAUCGCUUCCUUGGAAAAGACUUUUUCCAAAAAGACGUCAUAAAAAUCACCAUUUUUUUUUUCAAAUGAUGAAAGUGACGUCACUAUUGACUUAUAGGUAAUCGGAGGCAACCUCGGCUUCUUCAUGCUCAUGUACUAUGGCCCAACAUACUUGAACAAGGUACUCGCAUCAACUUCUCAUGACGUCAUCAAGGACUCUAGGUCUUGAAAUUCGACGUCACGGAGACCGGAUUCGCCAACGCACUGCCAUAUGUCCUGGCCGUUGUUGUCAAAAUGGUCGCAGGGCCGUUGUCUGAUUAUUCGACGUGUGUUUCGGAAAGGGUACGGUGAUGUCUUUGGAACUGGAAAGUAAGAAAUCGGAUGCUUUAUUGAUCGGUCCAAGGUUGAAAAACCACCUCCAAGAGGCAGAAUAAGCUUCGAACAGCAAUUUUACGCCUUCCACUCCUUUUUUCUGUUCAUUGCUUUGUAAACUUUAGCUAAUUUUAAUCUUGCUGUCGCCUUGGCCUCUAGAAUUUAGAAUAUCAGUACUGUUCGUUCGAGCAGCAAGUCUACACCUCUCCUCCCGUUUUCUCUGCUUUUCCGAUUUGUAGCCUCAUCUUCUCUUAAUCUUGCUGUAGCCUCUCGACGCUGACCCAUCAUUCCCAAAAAAUGGGCUUCCUAGAAAAAAAAAUCCGAGACAGCCAUAGCCAAAUCCAAGCUCACUAUGAACGUCGAUUUUUUGUUUCUUCAGAUCCGAAUGAUUGUAUUCGCCACCGUGUCUCAAGCCGCCAUGGCCAUCGGUCUUAUUGUUAUGGCCUUGGUAAUCACAAGUAUAGUACAAAGAAUGAAGUUUUAUUUUUAGACGACGAAUAGAAUCGUGGCGCAGAUCGCCUUCACAACGGCAAUUGUCCUGGUUGGAUGUAACGUCGUCGGUGUGGUCAAGUGCGCUCAACUGGUGAUUUUUGUAAUUUUUUGGCCAAAAGAAAAUGGAUCAUUGACUGUUACCGACAAUUUCUUUAUUCUUUAGUAUUUUUUCCUUCAAACUAGAAACUUUCCUUCCGAAGCUUCUUUCCAGUUUCAAGAACUAACUUCUAGGUCGCCCGCCAGUACAUCCACUUUGUGAUGGCCGUCAUCUCCUUCACAGCCUGCAUCAGCACUUUCAUUCUACCCAUCAUUGUCGGCUGGAUGUGUCCUGACAACACUCCGGAACAGGUAAGCACACGACCGUUCCGCAUCUAAUCCAUCCCAGUGGUGCCGCUUCUUCUUGUGCAUCGCGGCUCUGAUCGCCCUGACCAACGUCGCGUUUCCAAUCGUCGCUACUACGGAGCCAGCAGAAUAUACAAAACCCGGGUGGAAUGAAGAAAAUAAGAGAAAAAGUGGACAAGCUUGGUUGGAAGGAUAA